GGGAGAGAGGGGAGGGCGCACGGCUGCUGAUCCCACGUGUGACGCUUCAUCCCCGGCACAGUCCUAUCCUCAUAGCGGGGCUUUGCAGAUCUCCUGCCGUAGCUGUGCGUCUGUUCCUGUAGUUGAAGCCUCUAGUUUUUGUUAGAUAUGGAAGCGGACGGGACCCAAGCCACCUCUGGAAGCCUAAACGACUCACAACAUGAUCCGGGUAAAAUGUUUAUCGGAGGACUCAGCUGGCAGACUUCACCAGACAGCCUUAGAGACUAUUUCAGUAAAUUCGGGGAGAUCCGGGAAUGUAUGGUGAUGCGGGACCCCACGACCAAGCGCUCCAGAGGGUUUGGGUUUGUAACGUUUACAGACGCGGCCAGCGUGGAUAAAGUCUUGGCUCAGCCGCACCACGAACUGGACUCCAAGACGAUUGAUCCGAAGGUUGCCUUUCCUCGCCGUGCCCAGCCUAAGGUAAGAGCACCUUUAUGCUAGCCAUGCUAACGUCAUCCGCGCUGGUGUUCCGCGAUGCUACCCUUCCCCACCGCACCCCACCCCACCGCACACACACCCACCACGCACGCACGC